CAGUCAUCCAACUGUGCAGGGACUAGCUUGCAUCCUCUUGCCAGUAUCCUGGCUUGCUCUUAAUCGCGCCUGUGCAUUGCAGAUAUGCUCACUCCAGCUCCUCAAGUAUUUCCCAUCCACGACAUUACCAACUUAACGAGACGAGUCCCACAAUGCCUUUUGACUAUAAGCCCGAGACGGACUCGUUCAAAAUUUCCAAUUCGCCAGUUGCUGGGCCUGAUGUGUAUUGCAAUGAGAUCUUCGGAACGAUGGCUUCCCAGGUCGAUAAAUCGCCUCUGACAUCGUCACUCUUCCUCCUCGAUGGCGCGUCGACAAGCGCUCCGCUAAAGUAUACGUAUGAUGAGACUGGUGUUGUCCUCCAAGGCAACCUGACUAUCAAGGAUGCUGAGACGGGUGUUGUCAAAACCGUGACGGAGGGCGAUACGUUUUUCAUUCACCGCGGCAGCACGAUCACCUUCUCCACUACGAGUUAUGGCCUUUCUUUCCAAGCGGCAUCAAGGAAGCCGAAUACGUCAGAGAGUGAUAGUGCAGGUGAAGAGACUCCAUCAGGACGGACUAAUGUCGUUGUUCGGUCGAGUUUGUAACUUAUAUGACAACUUCUUAGGAUGUCCUGAAAACUUUCAUAGUCAUAAUAACACAUAUAUAUAUAUAUAUAUGGGCGUAGGG